AUGAAUCGUUUUAAUAGCUUGAUUUCGGCUUAUGGGGCUACUUUAUCAACGAAAGAUGUGGAAAUUUUACAAGAGUUGUUUUCUUUGGAUGCGUCUGCUUCUUUGCUCAAAUUCAAUCCGUUCAUUUGGGGUGAAUCUGCACCAUUAUAUUAUUCAACUAUUGCUGAUACUCGAUUCACGCUGUUUAAAAUGCCUAAAUCUUCUCAUGUUUUGGGUCAAUACAGGAAGGGUAAAAUGAUGAAAACAUUGAAGGAAUUUCCAGUUGAUUUACCUCUUGAUCCAUCCGUUGAAUAUGAAGAUCGACCUGAUUUAUAUGACCCAAGGUUUAUCCUUUUUACUCUCUAUCAUUUAUUGGGACCUGAAAAUGCGAUCAACAGCAAUCAGAUUAUUAAAUUAAAUGGCUUAUCAAUUGCUUUAAUGACGACAUCUAGUGAAAAUGCUUCUAUGAGAAACCUGGGUUACUUGGUUCUUGAAAGAUUUUUUUACCAUUUGGAAGGAUCUAAAUCAUCUUCUGCUAUUUACUUUUGGGUUCACUUUAUUGACUGUUAUAGAUCUUCGUUAAAUUCAACUAAUCAACAAGUACCAUUUCUUCUCAACUCUCUGCUAAUUGAAAUAAUUGAAAUUGUUGACACACCAAAAGACUCGUUGUUUUAUGCAAUCAAAGAUUUUGUUACUGCCAAACCAAAGCUGGAUUCCUAUCAGAUUACUUUAUUAUUUAAAAAUUUAUUAACAACAAAAGAUCUGGAAUGGAAAAAGUGUCAAAAAUUAGUGCUAAAUUUAUUAUCUAGAUGCAUAAAAAGUGAUGAAGACUUUGAAAUCUGUAAGACCAAUGAUCUUUGCCGUUACAUCCUAUCAAUCUACUCCAGCAAUUGGUGUGAUCUCAACGAUAAAAUUUGUAUCCUAAAAUUUAUCAAAAGCUGCAUUCGCUUGCCAAAAGUUGCUAAAGUGUUCUUAAUAGAAUAUGGCUUGACAGUUUGGUUGACCAAUAUAGUUGCUUCGCUUGAUUCAAAGGAUCCAUCAGAACAGGAUGAACUCAAAGAUUUGGUAAAAAUUUUACAGAAGUCGUGCAGAAACACCGAUCUUCCUAAAAAUUGUUAUAAACAGCAGUUAAAAAUGUUAAAAGUUUGGGUUAAAUUUUCAGAGAGUUCCAGUGUUACUUCCUAA